AUUGUUGUUGUCUCCGUAAGCUUCUCCUUCAAUCACUUGGUCGGUGCCCUGCUUCCUACUUUGAUAAAGUUUGAAAGAUCAAAAGAAGAAUGAAGAUUGAUUUUUCUGAGCCAGAGUGCAGUAACUGUUACCAGUUUACCAAUCCAGACCUACUUAAUACUCCAGAAUCCGAACAGAGCAAUGUGAUUGGCUCAUCCAUCACUUCAGUGCCGGUUAAUGAUGGACCAGUUCCACCUCUUGAACUUGAUUCUGCUGCUGUUGUUUCAACUUCAACAUCAUCUCCAGUUCAAGCUCUUGGACAUGAUUCUGGUGCUACAGUUUCUACCUCAACAUCAUCUCCAGUUCAAAUUUUUUCUUCACCAUUCAGCUUCGGAUCCGCUCAUGCUGCCAUCACACCCGUUAGUUCGGGACCAGCGCCAUCUCCUACAUUUGGUGAGCCUCGCAUUCUCCUAGCUACUUCUGGUUCCGGUGCGUCUGCCACUUCCACAUCCUCAACUUCAUCUCCACUUCACAGUUCUUCACCAUUCAGUUUCGGAUCCGCUCCUGCUGCCAUCACAUCCGUUAGUUCUGGUCCAGCGCAAUCUCCUGCCUCAUCACCUAGAUUAUGGAUCGAUAGAUUUGCUACAUCAUCUAGUGCAUCUGCCACUUCCUCAUCCUCAACUUCAUCUCCAUUUCACAGUUCUUCACUACUCGGAUUCGCUCCUGCUGUUACAUCAGUUAGUUCGGCACCAACCCCAGCUUGUGGUCCAACCCAAGCUUUUGGUCAACCAACACAAGCUUUCGGUCUAAGUAUGUUCGGUUCAACACCUAGAUUCGAGAUAACUGGUUUUCCCUUCCAAGCUAGUGCAUCAAGAAAUUCCCCAUCUCCUAGCUUUGGGCCAGCGCAUAAUUGUGGCAAGCCUGCUUUUGGUUCACCGUUUGGGAACAAUGUUGCUUUUGCCAGACCUGAUGUUGGUAUCUCGCCAGUAGCUUCCUCCUCCACUAGUACUGAAAUUUUUGGUGCAACUCCAGCGAGUUUGUUUUCACCUUUUGGGCCAAUGCAAGCUCCUGUCCAAGCUAGUGCAUCUAGCACUUCCACAUUCCCCCCAUUUGGUUGCGUCCCACCAUCUCCGUCGAGUGGUUCUUCGCUGUUCAACUCUGCUUUUGGUUCCCUGCCAGCACCCUCUUCUUCCAACUUUUUCGGACAAUCCUCUUCCAACCUUCUCGGACAAAACCCAUCGACUACUGGUGUUGGUUACCUGCCUGGAUCUCCAUUGAACAGUUCUUUUCCCGGAUUUGGUGUUGGUUACCUGCCUGGAUCUUCCUCCAACCUAUUUAGAUCAAACCCACCAAAUUUUGGUGGUGGUUCAAUCGGUGCAGGUCCUCAACAUUUCGGUUUCAAUGGAGAUGCUUCUGUGUUGCCGAGCACGCCUUUUUCACUGUCCCCUGCAUUUAGCAGCAAUACCAAUACUGGAUCCUAUCCUUUUGCAUCUCAUGAAUGGAGUCGCCCCACUGAACAAGGUAGUAUGAAUCCUGGUUAUGCGCCAACACAUGAAGGGGAUAACUCAUCUGGUUGGAGUUUCCCCACUAGCAAAGGCAACAUUUAUAUUUCCAUAUCUGCUUCCAAACCUUAUCUACACAAAAGCCAUGAAGAACUAAGGUGGGAAGAUUACAAGCAAGGAGACAAAGGUGGGCCGUUUCCUGCUGCUCCUGCUUCUACCAUAGGCUCAAGGCCAAACGCUGCUUUUUCACCACCAACUGUUUCUCCCCCAGCACAUGGAUGCACUGCAUGUGGAGCAACCAGUAGCUCAUCUGCUUCCCGUCACUUCACCUUUAAUGGUGCCACAAGUCCUCCAUCAGCUGCUACAACUCCUCCCGGGUUGUUCUUUCCUAGCACUGGUUUUGCUCCUAUGAUGUUUGGUACAAAUCUUGCUGUUCAAGGCACAAGUCCAGCACUUCAAGCCUAUCCUGUUCAAGGUUACAUUCUUCUCCCGUUCGCCGCCAUGACUCUGCAGUAA